UUGCUUUCCCUCGUCAUGCUCAUAGCAUUUUCACUACCACAGGCUAACCACGGCUAGUCGUUAGCUAUAUUUAUUCUAGUUUAGCCUAGCAUUGACCCUACUGGUGAGUUAUUAAACACAAAACAUCAUGACACCAUUGUUUAUCAAAUUCGGGCACAACUAGUGACCUAUGUUUCGUGAAAAUGUCGCUGUAUAGUCUCGCUGCGAAAAGCUCAUGUCGUUGCGUGUCAAUAACAAUCACUCGUCUUUCAUUUAACCUGUUAACAAACUAUGGACACUCAGUAGCAAACGUGGAUAAAAUCCACAAAAGAAACAACGUCCUGCCGAACUACACCACAAAUGUAACGCGUGUGUUGAGCUCUAAACUGCACCACUCCCAGGUACCAGAGGUUCCUACAUGGGAGCUAAUACCAGAGGACCAGCUUCCUCCGCCUACCCAUAUCCCUGUUGAUCUGGUAGACAAACUGGAGCGACUGGCCUUGGUGGAUUUUCGCACCAAACAGGGACUGGCCUGUUUGGAGAAGGCUAUACGAUUUGCAGAUCAGCUUCAUGUUCUUGACACGUCAGGGGUUGAACCAAUGGAUUCAGUUCUGGAGGACAGGGCAUUAAAACUGAGGGAGGAUGAAGUAAUGGAAGGAGAUUGUGCUGAAGAACUGCUUCAGCUCUCCAAAAACACAGUUGAAGAAUAUUUUGUGGCACCACCAGGAAAUAUCCCUCUUCCAACGAGGGAGGAGAGGGCCACCAUGCUGAAACACUCAGAGUUAUGAAGUGUAUUUUUGGUCUGAACUUAAACCCUCUGCAUUCAUUCAGAUUUGUUAUUUUCAGUUUCAUUUGACAGUUUUUACAGUAAUUAAAAAUCCUUUUUUAGUUAAGUAUCAUUAUAUUAAAAACUUUAGUAAGCAGGGUGUUGGCAACUUGUGACAUGAAGUGAUUCACUGCAAAGACAGAACAUUGUUUCAAUUAGGGAUUUACAUUAUGAUCUCAACUAUUUUCAUUCUAGUGUUGUUAGUACUUAAUAAAAAAUAAAAAUAAAAAAAGCUUAAUUCCUA